AUGGCGGAAACAGCGGUUAUCAAUCACAAGAAACGUAAAAAUAGCCCGCGAAUCGUCCAGUCAAACGACCUCACUGAGGCGGCAUAUAGUCUCUCCCGGGAUCAAAAACGUAUGCUGUAUCUGUUCGUUGACCAGAUCAGAAAAUCUGAUGGCACCCUACAGGAACAUGACGGUAUCUGCGAGAUCCAUGUUGCUAAAUAUGCUGAAAUAUUCGGAUUGACCUCUGCGGAAGCCAGCAUCGUCUCUCUGAAAAUCGACUGGAUCAUAGAGCGUUACCAGCUGCCUCAAAGUUACCAGCGUAUGCCUGACUUCCGCCGCCGCUUCCUGCAGGUCUGUGUUAAUGAGAUCAACAGCAGAACUCCAAUGCGCCUCUCAUACAUUGAGAAAAAGAAAGGCCGCCAGACGACUCAUAUCGUAUUUUCCUUCCGCGAUAUCACUUCCAUGACGACAGGAUAG